AUGUCCGACACCGUGAUAUACAACCCGUCAACCUCCAAGUACUACGUCAUCUCCCAAGGAUCCACCAUCGAAACCACGCUCACCCACAAAGCCUCCGUAGCCGAUGAAUGGCUUCGCCAGGUUUACUCCAAAUACGGCGGCCGCCACACAGUCGUCGGACUGGACACUGAGUGGAUGCUUCGCGAAGUCUCGCUGACGAUGAAAGCGGCGAUCCUCCAGCUGUGCGUGGAGAACACGUGCCUGAUCCUGCAACUGUUUUGCCUGGACGACGUGCCGGAGAAUCUGAGGAAAUUUCUGACGGAUUCGAAUUUCACGUUCGUCGGCGUUCAGGUGAAGAACGACAUAAAGAAGCUGAGGAAGGAGUACGGAAUAGAGUGUAGUAAUGGCGUGGAUGUGCUUGAGGUGGCAAAGCGUGAGUGGCCGGAAAAGUUUUCACGUUCAGGUCUGAAACACCUGGCGAAGGAGCUGGUAGGGUUAGAGAUGAAGAAGAACAAGAAGGUGACGAUGAGCGAAUGGCACGUGAGGGAUCUGAGCUAUGAACAAGUGGAAUAUGCAUGCAUUGAUGCAUAUGCUUCUUAUUGGAUUGGUCACAAGCUGCUCGUUGAAGACAAAUUAACAAGCUAAUUAAGCUAGCUACGAUCCAUUAUUAUUCAUUUAUCAAUCAAUCAAUCAAUUAAUGAGUAUCUCAUUAUUGGUUGGUUUCUUUUAUAUUUUGGUUCUAGUUAAUCACUGCCCUCUUCGUCUUUAUUAUUGUUAAUAAUGUAAUAAUGCAUGGUUCAUAUGUUUCUUUAGCUAAUUAAGCUGCCG